CAGGUUUAAAAGUUUGUUUGCUGUUUGUUGAUGUCAGCAGCCCAAACUAACAAAAUUUCAAUCAUUUCUGUUAAAAGUUUUUAAAAGUUUAACAAGUUCACAGUUUCCCGCCACGAUGGACGAAGCCGGCCCUCGUCCUCCGCAAACCGCGGCCUCCCUUACCGCCAAACUUCCAGCCGUUUGCCGCACCUGUCUGGCGGCGUCGUCGGACGAGCCCGAUCCGGAGUUUGAGCUGUACCAGAUCGACGAAAUCUUUCUCGAAGAGGACGAACUGAACACCCAGCAGGUGCACUCGUUCGUUGAGGUGCUGAGUUUGUUCGUGAACGAUGGGAUUGGUAAAAAGGACGAGCGACUUCCGACGACAAUCUGUUUGGCCUGCGUGGAGAAGGCGAGGGCAGCGUUUCAGUUUAUCGAGAUGUGUCGCGUGAGCGAUUCCUUGCUGGAUGAGUGUUUGUCCAAGUUGGUGGUGGAGACGAAACCCGUCGUGAAGGUUGAUCCUCGUGAGGAGGAAGCAGUCACUUUUACGGAGAUUGUUGGCGGGGACGAGCAAAUGGUUGAAGAGUAUGAGGAAGAGGAGCCUUCGGAAUCUGUAGGGGAGUACACGGAUCAGACUACGAAGGAGAAGUUUACAUUGAUGUAUGUUGAAGAUAAACCGGUGGAGAGUAGCGGUCCGUCGAAGAGGGAUUCGGUAAAGAGGCAUGAGUGCGAUAUUUGUCACAAGACGUUCACGCAGCCUCAGACGCUGACGCGGCACAAAAAGAUCCACUCGAGGGACAGUGAUCCGGGCAAGCCAUGCGAGUACUGCAGUCGAACGUUCCUACGCUCCGAUGACCUCCGGCGUCACAUUCGCACCCACACGAACGAGCGUCCCUACGCGUGUGACCAAUGUCCGAGGGCGUAUAAGCAGUCCUUUGAGCUUAAGGAGCACCGGGACGCGUGCCAUUCCGAGGAGGGAACCCGGAAGAUGCUGGAUUGUAACGUUUGUGGGAAGCAGCUGAGCACCCGGAACGGGUUGUACGUCCACAUGAAGGCCCACAAGGGCGAGAAGAAUCACGGUUGCUUGUACUGCGGAAAGCGCUUCGUGACUUCCGGCGAGCUGACGUCCCACUUGAGACACAUUCAUCCGAAGGAAGUUAACGUGAAGUUGCUCGGGUGCGGCGUGGGAGAUUGCACCAGGAAAUUUGUGACAAAGGCCGCGCUACGAACACAUCACUUGAAGAAACAUGCCGCGGAGAUGUCGAGGGUUGAGUCUGGUAGCGAGUAAGUUUUAGAUAUUUAUUUAGAAUUAGGU